AUGUAUCAUGUAAAAACACACCAAAAAUACACCGAAAUUAGAAAGUCUCGUGAAAGUCCACAUUCAGAAAUAAGCGGUAUCGAAGAGUUGAGUUCUUCUCCUGUUCGAGUGUUUUCUGAUUCGAGCGUUUCAUGGUUUCCAGAUAGUGAAGAGAAUAGAUGUUUCAAAAAGAAAAGACGAGUGUAUGUUGAAAAAUCUUCUAGUGAGAGCGAUAGUGAAGAAAGUACAUUUAUUGCGUCGCGCUCGAAGACAGCAGAUAGUCGGGGGCUUUUUAAUGAAUGUUUUCAGGAUAUAAACAUUAACAAUGACUUUCAAUCAAGAAAUAAACAAUAUGCCGUGCCUCAACAAUCUACUUUACCAUCUUCCAACUCUGAUUCAUCUGGUAAUGUCACUGUAGACAAUCAAGAAUUAACUAAACAGCCAGUUCCAAUCGUUACUUCAGACAAUAAUAUUGAACCUACGCGUUGGAAAAAAGCGAUCCUAGCUUACUGA